AUGUCGUUCCUCGGCGGAGCAGAGUGCUCGACGGCAGGCAACCCGCUCAGCCAGUUCUCCAAGCACGUCCACGAUGACAACAGCCUCCAGAGGGAUCGCCUGGUGGCUAGAGGUCCUAACGGGACCCUCGGUGGCUUUCGCAGCGCCGGUAGGAACGGCCCGCAAGAUGAGAUGAUGAACAGCUUUGCACAGCAGGCUCCCGAGAUGCCUCUCGAGCACGGUCCUAUGAGCCAGGUCAGGCUGGACCCCGCCGCCGCCCAAGGAGCCCACCUCCGAGCCCAGUCCGCAUCGCCCACCUGGGCCGACGACUUCCAGAGAGGCCAGUCGCCCAUGGAGGCCGGCCCUUUCAACGCGCCUCCGGGAGCCCACUUCAGUGCCGACGAGUUUGCCAAGUUCCGACAGAUGGGCCAGCAGCCGUCGUCUUCCCGCCAGAGCCCCAUGCCCAGCGCGCAGCAACAACACCGGCCCAUGAUGGGCGUCGGCAUGAUGAACAUGGGCAUGAACCGCGGCAUGAUGUCGCAGCCCAUGUUUCAGCCAAUGUACUCGCAGCAGCAGUUCCAACCAAUGCAUCACGAACACCAAGACGUCCAGGGUAAGGGCAAGGGCAAGGUGGUCGAGCUGGACGACCAUAAGUGGGAGGAGCAGUUUGCCCAGAUCGAGUUACAGGACAAGCAGGAUGAGGAGGAGGCUGCAGCUAUGGAGCCAGAGCUGAACAAAGAGGAUCAGCUGCAUGAAGAGACCGGCUACGGCGAUCUCGAGUCAAUAUGGAACGGCAUCCAAGCCGAGCAGGCGUCAUUGCAAGAGAUACAGAACGAGGAGGACUAUACCGAUAUGAAAUGGGAUAACUCUGACUGGAACAAAUUCGGCGACUGGGAUAUGAACGGCCGCAUGGGCUCGGACCCGACUGUCGAGGAGUAUCUCUUUGAGGAGGAGAAUAUCUUCAAGGACCAGGUCAACCCCUUUGAGGAGGGCGUUCGCAUCAUGAACGAGGGUGGCAACCUCUCGCUCGCCGCUCUGGCCUUUGAGGCCGCAGCGCAAAAGGACCCCAAGCACGUCGAGGCCUGGGUUCAGCUCGGAUCAGCACAGGCACAAAAUGAGAAGGAAGAGGCCGCCAUCCGCGCGCUCGAGCAUGCCGUCAGCCUUGACCCCAACAACCUGCCCGCGCUCAUGGGUCUCGCCGUCUCCUACACCAACGAGGGCUACGACAGCACCGCUUACCGCACCCUCGAGAGAUGGCUGUCGGUCAAGUAUCCCUCCAUCAUCUCGCCCGACCAGCUCUCCUCGGCGGCCGAGAUGGGUUUCACCGACCGCCAGCAGCUGCACGAGAAGGUGACGGAUCUCUUCAUCCAGGCCGCCCAGCUCAGCCCAGACGGCGAGCACAUGGACCCGGACGUCCAGGUCGGCCUGGGCGUGCUCUUCUACGGCGCCGAGGAGUACGACAAGGCGGUCGACUGCUUCAGCGCCGCGCUCGCGUCGUCGGAGCAGGGCACCUCGAACCAGCGCAGCCAGGUGCACCUGCUGUGGAACCGGCUGGGCGCCACGCUCGCCAACUCGGGCCGUUCCGAGGAGGCCAUCGCCGCCUACGAGAAGGCGCUCUCGAUCCACGCCAAUUUCGUGCGGGCGCGCUACAACCUGGGCGUCAGCUGCAUCAACAUCGGCUGCCACGCCGAGGCGGCGGCGCACCUGCUCGCCGCGCUCAGCAUGCACAAGGAGGUGGAGAAGCAGGGCAGGGAGAAGGCGCGCGAGAUCCUGGGCGGCGCGGGCGGGGACGUCAGCGACGAGCGGAUCGACCGCAUGACGACGCAGAACCGCAGCACGACGCUGUACGACACGCUGCGCCGCGUGUUUGGGCAGAUGGGCCGCCGGGACCUGGCGGAGAAGGUCAUUGUCGGCAUGGACCCGGAGAUGUUCCGGGGCGAGUUUGACUUUUGA